AUGUUAACCACACAACCCCAACAUGCUCAAGGUAAGUCGCCUCAAACCAACCCGCACUACAAACUACCCUUUGACAAAAAGUCUGUCCUGUCUGAAUACUCCGAUGUAUUUACAGGCAUUGGUCAGUUUCCAGGUAACUGUACCAUCCACAUAAACCCGGAUGUACAACCAGUUGUAAACCCCCCUCGUAAAGUUCCAAUAGCCCUCCGUGAUAAACUCAAAGCUGAGUUGGAGCGAAUGGUGCAGGCUGAGGUCAUAGUUGAGGUAAACGAACCUACACCAUGGGUCAACUCCCUCGUAGUCGUAGAAAAGGCUUCAGGUAAGUUGAGAGUAUGUUUAGACCCUCAAGGUCUAAAUAAGGCCAUAAGGCGUCCCCACUACCCCAUGAAGACCCUAGAGGAGAUACUGCCAGAUCUCUCGAGAGCACGUUAUUUCACGAAGCUCGAUGCACGUUCAGGCUAUUGGGCCCUGAAGCUACUUACCACUUUCAACUCGCCCUUUGGUAGGUAUCGCUUUCUACGCAUGCCCUUUGGUGUUCAGUCCGCACAGAAUGAAUUCAAAUGUGCGAUCGAUAGCAGUUAUGAAGGCUUGACCGGUGUCAAUGCCAUAGUAGACGACAUACUAGUGUCUGGCAAGACCAGACAGGAGCAUGACGAGAACCUACGAGUAGUUCUAGACAGAACCAGAUCAGUAGGUACAAAGCUCAAUGAUGACAAACUAGAGGUAGGAGUCACUAGUGUAUGCUAUUGUGGUCACCUGCUGUCCGAGACUGGACUACAGCCAGACCCUGAAAAGGUGGCUGCAGUGCGUGACAUGAAACCACCACGUGACAAAGGUGAGCUAGUGGCAAUACUAGGCAUGAUAAACUAUCUUGCUAAGUUUGCCCCAAACCUGUCCCAGGUUACAAACCCCUUAAGAAGUCUUUUGCCCAAAGACAUUGAGUUUGUAUGGGAAAGCCAACAAAUGGAGGCAUUUCAGAAUGUGAAAAACCUCAUAACACAGAGCCCUGUGUUAGCAUACUUUGACCCUGAUGAACCUGUUACCUUAAAAGUUGAUGCAUCGAAGUAUAGUCUAGGCGCCAGCCUACUACAACACGGUAAACCUGUAGCUUAUGCAUCAAAGUCUUUGACCCCUUCAGAAGUCCAAUAUGCACAAAUAGAAAAGGAAAUGUUUGCAAUUUUAUAUGGUUGUAAGCGUUUUCACCAAUAUCUAUAUGGGAGACUCAUCGAUGUCGAGUCUGACCAUAAGCCCCUCGAGUCAAUUCUCAAAAAGCCUAUCGGCGUAGCCCCUGCACGCCUGCAGAGAAUGAUGCUGCAACUGCAAAAGUACAAUGUCAGUGUUAGACAUGUCCCAGGAAAACAAAUUUCCGUGGCAAAUGCCUUGUCCAGAAAGUUCGUGCCUGAUACUUACCCUGAACUCCCUGAAGGUAUGGAUGUCGAAGUCCACACUGUCGUGUCAAAUUUACCCGUUAGCUCUCGUCGCAUGGACGAAAUCAGACAACAUACUAUGUCUGACCCCCAAAUGGCCACCCUUACCAAAAUCAUUCAAGAUGGUUGGCCAGAUCAACGGAGAGACUGUCCGUUGUCUAUUAUUGAAUAUUGGAACCUUAGAGAUGAAAUGACAGUCAUCGAUGGUAUCAAUUUCAAAGGCACAAAAAUAGUCAUACCAACAGGAUUGAGAACAGUCAUGUUAGACCUUCUACAUUCUGGUCACAUGGGUGUGGAGAAAUGUCGUAGUCGAGCCAAGGAUAUCAUGUUUUGGCCUGGCUUAAGCUCAGACAUUUCUGAUUUAGUCCUUAACUGUCCUACGUGUUUAGAAUUGAGAAAUUCGAACGCGAAAGAACCCAUGCUACCCCGCGAGAUAUCUGCCCGACCAUGGCAGAUAGUUGCCACCGAUCUCUUUGCUUGGAAUGAUCAGGAUUUCGUAGUCGUUGUAGACUACCACAGUCGCUAUUUUGAGGUCUCAAAACUUUCCUCCACUACAAGUGCAACUGUCAUUUCCAAGCUUAAAGAAGUCUUCUCGGGGCAUGGUAUUCCAGAGAAACUUUUCUCUGACAAUGGUCCCCAAUACUCCAGUGAGAAAUUUCGAUAG